UUCGUCGGAUUCGCCACCGUCGACAAGAAUCCAUACUCAACACGUGGAUUAGACAAGUUUUGGGAACUUCUAGCUGAACUCAAUGAGAGAAGGAAGAAGGUUUAUUCCAAGUCGUUCGACUCGCGUAUUCCAACAAUGAUGAUUUCGUCCCCAUCGUCAUUAUGAUUGAUUUUGGUGUUCUUGACGGUGUUUGGUAGAUCGGUGGCGACACUUUGUACGUGUGUUUUGUGGUAUGUAAUUCUAGUGAUGAGUGAUACCUCUUUUUCUUCUUCUUCAAGUUCAAAGCCAAUAAGAAAAACUGUGAGGAAUACAAAUAAAAAGGAAUAUGUGAGAGGGUUGAGUGAAAAGAAGAUGGUGGUGAUGAAUGAGGGUUUAAAUUCUCCAUCAAAGUACAAUGGUUUACCGAAACAAGGCACGGUAGCAGCAUCGUCACGAUGUUACUCUUUGCGUUUUGGGAUAUUAGGUGUCGCUCUUGAGGGUUAUAGUGCGAUAGAAAUGCUUCAUUAUGGUAUAAUAUGGGACAUGAUUGUCUCAAGAUUUUCUGUUGAUCAUGAGCCGUAUAAUCAAAUUGAUGCCUACAGGAAAGCCGAUAUCGAUAUGUUCUCAGAAUAUGAUAAGUUUCGAGAUAGUUAUGGCAGCAUUGAAAAUUAUGGUGAUCGAGGAUAUGAUAAACCUGCCAGGUUUAGAGGACAUGACCGUGAUGAUUAUGCAUAUGAUGACUAUGGCUACAAGUCCCAGAGUCUCUUGCCACUCCCAAGUGACAUUAAGGAUAAGAAGAAGAAGGAAAAUGAAUCACAAAUGAGUCAAACAACAAAGAAAGAGAAUCGGGAACGAACAUUCAAGUGA